AUGAGUGUUUUAAUCAAUGAAGCUGCUUCAACAGAAUUUAGUUUUGAGGCAGACGCCUCUAUUAAACAUUUAUUUGUGAGACCUGCUUGGGAUCAAGGAAAAUACACUCAAUUUGACCUUCAAAACUAUAAAUCAUUACUAUAUAUUAUUGUCGAAAGGAAGGACUGUUUUGGUGAUGAGGUGACUCAAGAAAAUCUUUGGAUUUAUGAUAAACCUGCAAUAUUUCACACUACAUUAUGUUCUAAGACUUAUAUAACAUGGAAAAUGGAAGAUCGUCCAUACUUGUAUUUGUACCAAAAUAAGAAUGACAAAGAGAAAAAAGAAAUAUGGGUAGAAGAGAUAUAUAAAGAAGGAUGUUGGUAUGCAUUUAAUACUAAUGGACAACAAAAAGUUCCAGAUAAUAUUAAAAAUGGAGUGCUCAAAGAAGUAUCAAACAUUCAGGAGUUUAGAAGAUAUGUUAUUUGUAAAGGACAAACAGAGCCACAGCCUGACUCAUCUUGUAAAAUUACAACAGGGUCAACAGAUGUACAAAUUUCAAGAUUAACAAUCAAUUAUCCUGAUUGUUUGUACAAUGGAUCAUUAUAUACAUUAACAGUGCCUAAUAAGUAUACUAUAAUUCGUUUCUUAAACGAUUAUGGAUUGGAGUGGAAUGGUAUAGAUUUUGAGACAAGAACAAAUCCACUUAAGAUUAUCAUUUCAGAAACAAAUAUUCUUAAAGUCAGUGGCUCUUCUGUAACUCUUCCAAAUCAACCGAUACACGUAGAUGGUUAUAUCUCAUUUAAAACUUUAAUAUUAUCAAAUGUUGAAACAGGGAAUCAUUAUUUUCAAGAAUUAUCAGCUGAAAGAAUUGACUAUUCAUCUAUCACUACAGAUAAAGUGUUGUUUAUUGGUAAAGAAUUAAAAUCAAGCAAUGAAAAUAUUAAAAGUGUAAGUUGUGGGAGUUCUAAUAGAUUUGUUAAAGCAGAGUCUCAAAUCCAAUGUGGUUGUGUAUAUUCUGAUGGAUAUGAUGUUGAUGAUUGUUCAGAAAUAAGUUCAACAGCAGAUGCAUUAAGUAAAGAAUCAAUUAUAUUAACAAUCAAAUCAGGUUCUUUCAAAGAGUCAGACUCUUAUUGGUACUCAAUAAAUUAUGAACCAGAUGGUGGUCAAUUUUCUGGAACUCUUAUGGCUUCAAAUUGUCAGAUUGGAGGUUCAAUAUCUCUGGUUGGGAAAUUAAAAUGUACUAAGCUUAUUCUUCAAUCAGACACUACUAUUGCAAUUACACAUUCAGGAGUAUUAGAUGUAUCAACACUAGAAACAAAUACAAAUAAAAUUAGUAUCACAACACAGAGUGAAAAUAGUCUUAUCAUUGGUUCAAUCACAACAUCAUCAGAAGUUAAUAUUAUAGGUGUUCUAAGUGAAUUAAAGAAAUUAACAGUCAGCCAAAAUGCAAAAAUUAUGUUUUCAUCUGUUAUUACAAUUGAUAGCAUUUAUGUAGACUCAUCAAUACAAACAAAUACAGACUAUACAAUUAUUAACCAAUAUAAAACAACAAUUAAUGAACUUAUUACAACAACAAAGCUAAGCCUCAAAAUUUCUAAUCUUAUAUUUGGUCCAAAUAUAAAAUCUAUUUAUAUUAAUAAAUUAACAACCGAAAAAUCAUUGACUUUGAGCAACUCAGUGACAACGUUAGUUAUUGACUCUAUUGACAUUAAAUUUAACCUAUCUAGCUUCUUUAUUAUUACAGAUAAAAGUGAAAAUGAAUUAAAAGUAACAAUUAAUUCAGCAUCUGGUGAAGAAGAACCGUUUUACUUAAUGUCAUUGAAAGAACGAAAAGUAACAUUUACUAAUUCAAUGACAACAAUGUGUGAUAAACAGAUAGCAAUAUUUGGAACUGUUGAUGAUGGAUUAUGUGAAAAAAUGGGAUAUGGAAAAAAAACAUGCUAUAAGAGAGAUGAAAGUCAAUACUAUUAUGAGAGUGAGUCAUCUUCAUUUUUUGAUUAUUCAUGUCCAGGACAUAAAUCUCAAUAUGUUACAUCAACGUUAUAUAUAUCAGCACCAACAAUUAACAUUGGUAAUGAUGAAUAUUAUUCUAAUAUAUUUGUAGUUUCCCCAACAACAAUAACUGUUUCAAAUUAUGAGUUGCCAUUAACUCUUCAAGCAAAUAUUGUGAUUGCUGGUAAUAAGAAUUCAAUAUUAGUUAAAACUAAUGGUAAAUACACGAUUAAUACCAAAGGUGAAAAUAAUCAGAAUUUAAUUAUUGCUGAUACGUCUUCUUGUGGAAUUAAUGAUUCAUCAAGUCUAAUAGAAGCUGAUGGAAUUUGCACUAUUGGUUAUUCAACACCAACUGGAAUAGAGUGUAAGAAGUGUAGGUAUGGAUUUAAUUCUGAUGGAAGUUGUAUUGUUGCGUCAUCAACAGAUGUUCAUAACUGUAUAAUUAUUUCUCCUAAUAGUAAGUACUGUUUAAGGUGUAACACUGGGUUUUAUAUAAACAAUGGGAGUUGUCUUCCUUGUGAGCAAAAUUGUCUAACAUGUGAUUCAAGUCAAUGCUUUAUUUGUGAAGACAAUUACAUAAAUGAUAAAUCAGAUAAAAAAAAAUGUAUUCAAAAUUUUACAGUAUGUUCUUUCUCAAAGAAUAAUAUUUGUUUGAAAUGUCCUCAAGGGAAAAUGAUAGACAAUGAUCAUACAGGUUGUUCUACGUCAUGUGCGGAUGGUUGUUAUUCCUGUCAAGAUAAGACAACUUGUGACAUUUGUAAUAUAAGUGCUAAUGCAAUUAAAAGUUCAACAACAUGUAGUGUUGCUUCUAAUUCAGGUAAUGUAAGUAAUUCGGGAAUUAUCCAAUGUUCACCAGGAUAUUAUUUAUCAGAAAGUUCUACAUGUAUUUCCUGUAAUUCUGGUGGAUUACAUUGUACGACUUGUUAUUCUGAUUCAAAUAACGUUGUUUGUAGUAGUUGUGAUGAUAAUUAUAUCAUGACAACUAGUGGAACGUGUGUUUCUAAAGAGUCAGUUUCAUGUAAGCAAGUAUCAAAAUCUACAUGUUUAAGCUGUGAUGAUUCUUCUAAAUAUUUUAAUGGAAAGGAUUGUGUUAGUGGAACAGAGCAUUGUUUAAAAACUAAUAAUGAUGGAACAUGUGUUGAGUGUUUGUUCUCAGAAUCAGCAGAAAAAUAUUAUUUAUUAACAGUCUCUGAUGGGAACACAAUAUGCUCAGAACAAAGUGAUGAGCUUUGUUCCUUAUAUACACAAAGUGUAUGUCGAAGUUGUAUUGACGGAUACUACAAUAAUCAAACCAAGUGUUUGCCAUGUAACCCCACUUGUUCUAAAUGUGUUAAUUCACAAAACUCAUGUUAUGAAUGUCAGUCUGGAUAUGUUCUUCAAGGUGAGUCAUGUGUUGCUUCUGAGACUACAAAUU